AUGGGCCAUUUGGACCUGCUGGGUUUCCUAAUCAUCACAUUAAAUUAUAAUGUGACAAUUGUGGGAAAGAUCUGGCUUAUCUUCAUGAUACUGCUGAGGAUGAUGGUGAUUGUUUUGGCAGGGUACCCCAUCUACCAAGACGAGCAGGACAGGUUUGUGUGCAAUACUCUGCAGCCGGGAUGUUCGAACGUUUGCUAUGACAUCUUCUCCCCUGUGUCCCACUUCCGCUUCUGGCUGAUUCAGAGUGUGUCUGUCCUUCUCCCUUACGCUGUCUUCAGUGUCUAUGUGCUCCACCAAGGAGCCAUGCACGUGGCUGCAGGAUGCCGUGGGUCAGAUGGCGGUCCCCUAGCCUGUGGUCCAUCAGAGCUGACCACCAUGGAAAGACACUGCCCACAGCCCUCCAAGGAGGAGCCCAACCUGGACAUCCCGGAUUUCUCCUCUGGCUACAUCGCUCACCUCUUUCUCCGCAUCCUGGUCGAGGCAGCUUUUGGGGCCUUGCACUAUCUGCUCUUUGGAUUCAUGGUUCCCAAGAGGUUCUCGUGCUCCCACCCUCCGUGCACCAGUGUGGUGGACUGUUACAUCUCCCGACCCACGGAGAAAUCCAUCAUGAUGCUUUUCAUGUGGGGAGUCAGCGCCCUCUCCUUCGUCCUCAGCCUCGUGGACCUGAUGUGCAGCGUGCAGAGGAGGAUGUGGCGGAGGCGUGUGCCUCGGCGAGUGGCCCGGAGCUUCUCCAGCAGGAGAGAGUGUGAGGGGUUGAAAUCUACCCGGGGACCCUCUGAGGACCACCUGGCCUCUCAGAGCCUGGGGAGGAGGCCCAGUCACCUCAGCGAGGAUGGCAGGUGGGAGGGGGAGGAGAUCCCUGCUCACGCAGGUGGGUGGCCCCGAGGGGAGGGCUCCAGGACCCACUUUAGCAGCCCCAGUGAGAAGUCUGGCGUGUCCAGGAAGAGAGAGCUUACAGAUGAGGAGGAGAGUGAGGUGAUCUCCUCCUCAGCCAGUGAGAAGCUCACCAGGGCCCAUCAAGAGCCCCGGAGCAGGCUCCACAGAGAAGCCGCGCAGGACUCAAGGAGUGAAGGCCACACUUCCUGGGGGGAGGUCCCUGCAGCCCCCCGAAGCAGGCUUGGGGGACAUUAUUUAUCCACUGAACUGCAGGCCCCUGAGCGGCUGGUAAACUCCAGCAGUGCAAGCCACCUGAGGACCAAUCGGUCUGAAUGGGUUUAA